CGCCCAGGAGCUGUCAUGGCGGCGGGGGGGCUGUCGGGGCUCCUGCCCGCCCAGACCCAGCUGGAGUACGCCCUGCUCGAUGCCGACACUUCCCAGGAGAAGGAGAACUUGGUCUACCAGUACCUGAAGAAGAUGGACAGCCGGGAGGGGGACCUGACGGUGCCCGAGCUCGGCGGAGAUCUACAAUGGUUAAACACUGAAGGUCCUAUUUCUCUUCACAAAGACCUUUGUGGAAAAGUUGUGGUGUUGGAUUUCUUUACUUAUUGCUGCAUCAACUGCUUGCACCUGCUGCCUGAUCUCCAUGCAUUAGAGCACCAGUUCUCUGAUAAAGAUGGUCUUAUUAUUGUUGGAGUCCAUUCGGCGAAAUUCCCAAAUGAAAAAGUUCUGGAUAACAUUAAAAGUGCCGUUCUGAGAUACAAUAUUGUCCACCCUGUAGUAAAUGAUGCAGAUGCAACACUGUGGCAUGAACUUGAAGUGUCCUGCUGGCCAACUCUGGUCAUUCUGGGGCCUCGUGGCAAUAUGCUCUUUUCGCUUGUUGGAGAGGGACACAGAGAGAAGUUGUUUUUAUUUACUUCUAUAACACUGAAAUUCUACAAGGAAAGAGGACAAAUCAAAGAUAACAAGAUUGGAAUAAAACUAUACAGAGACUCCCUCCCACCUUCUCCCCUGCUGUUUCCUGGCAAAGUGACAGUGGAUCAUUCAGGAGAAAGGCUGGUCAUAGCAGACACUGGACAUCAUAGGAUAUUGGUUACUCAAAAAAAUGGACAAAUUCUACACACUAUUGGAGGUCCAAACAGUGGUAGGAGAGAUGGAAGAUUUUCAGAGGCAGCUUUCAACUCACCACAAGGCAUCGCUAUUAAAAAUAAUGAUAUUUAUGUAGCUGAUACAGAAAAUCACCUGAUUAGAAAGAUUGACCUGGAAUUAGAGAUGGUGACCACUGUAGCAGGCAUUGGGAUACAAGGUGUUGAUAAGGAAGGUGGAGCAAAAGGAGAAGAACAGCCCAUCAGCUCUCCGUGGGAUGUGGUCUUUGGAAAUUCAA